GGUCGCCGCACGCGCGGGUGGCGCGAGCUGGCGGUGCGUGAGGUUGGCAUCGCCAAGGUGGUCGAAGGCAACGCACCUGGUUGCAGUGGACUGUGACUGGCCACUAGCACCCACGCGCUGGGCUCAGCAGCUGACGACACGCCGCAACGACAGAGUACAUGAUGAUGAUGAUGGCUGCGAACAUGGCCAUGGCACGCGCCCAUUGACGGUCGUCAUGUCUUCGCCGACGUUGUGGGUGCCAUGUCGCUGCCGUAAUCGUGUUGGCGUGAUGCGCUCGCCGAGGGUCAUCGCCAUGCAGUGUGCAGCUGGAAGAAGCCUCGCGACGUCCACUGCGGACAGAGAAGAAGAAAAAAGCAACACGUUCGAAAAGGCUCGACCAGAUGGCGCCACCACGUCAUCCUGGUCGCCACCGUGGUCGGCUACAUAGUGGAUGCGAGGAAGGGGCACUGCGGAUGGCGUCGUGCGUCCGACGCUACCAAGGUGCUCUGCUGCCUCGUGGACGCACGCCAUCGCCUUGUACUACGAGCGCUUGUCCUUCAACGACGCUGGCGCAGAGACACGAUCGUCGGGCCAGUCGUCGGGCCAGCGCGUGCCGCAUCCGCCCACAUAAUAUCUGCUCUGCACCGUCUCGGUCCCUCACGAGAUCGAUGGGCACGCGACGCGAACGAGCUAGAAAGGCCAGCUAAAACUCGCACUUUGGCGGCUAACGACUACACACAGCCGCCAGAGUUGCGCUGCCUGCGAGCCGUCGAUGCGCAUCGAGCGAGAUGCUGCUUGGAGCGUGGUGAUGCCUGAGCGCCGGAGAACGGGCAGGCGGAGACCUUGAGCGGUUGGGCGCGUUAGCUAUAAAUACGCUUUGCACGAUCGAAGGGCGUGGCGAACGUCCAUUUCUGCAAUGGCCGACGCGCUGCCGACGGAGACGACGCCGAUGGGCCGGCGGGCGUCGUACUCACCGAGCCACGUGCUGUCGCCCGCGCGGCGCCACCGCCGGUCCAUGUCCACCGACAGCAGCGACUCGGGCGUCUUGGACGCGCCGUCGAGCGCCGACAACAUCCGCGCAUUUGUCCGCAUCCAGCCCACGACCGACGACGCCCCAAGCUGCGUCGAGGUAGCCGUCGACGCAACGGUGCUGAGUGUGUCCAAGGCCAACGGAAGUGACGUCAAGGCAUUCACUGUCGACGGCGUCGUCCAGGCCAGUGCAUCGCAGGCCGACGUGUACGAGGCUGUGGGCGCCGCCUUUGUGGCCCAUGCGCUCGCCGGCUACAAUGGCUGCCUCUUUGCAUACGGCCAAACUGGCUCGGGCAAGACGUACACGAUGGAGGGCGAGAGCACGCACGGCGAGACCCGCGGCGUCGUGCCCCGUAUCCUCGAGGCGCUCUUCGCCCAGCUCUCGGCGCCGUUCGAGUGUCGCUGCUCGUAUCUCGAGAUUUACAACGAGCGCAUCUACGACCUCCUCGACGACGACGUCACGGUUGACGCCAAGCUCCUCCGGGAAGACAGCCAGCAAAACGUAUUUGUCCAAGACUUGCUCGAACUUCCCGUGACGUCAUCGAGCUCGGCGCUGCAGCUGCUGGCGCUCGGCGGUCGCAACCGCACCGUGGGCAGCACGGCUAUGAACCGCGAGAGCUCGCGGUCGCACUCGGUAUUUACGAUCAAGCUCACGCAGACGACACGGGACGGCGCUCGCCUCAAAUCGAUCUUGCAUCUCGUCGACCUCGCCGGCUCGGAAAAGCAGAGCCAGACCGGCGCGACCGGCGUGCGUCUCAAAGAGAUCAACAAGUCGCUCUCAGUGCUCGGCAACGUCAUCACGGCGCUCGUCGAUGUCUCGAGCGGCCGACGCCGGCACGUGCACUACCGCGACUCGAAGCUCACUUUCCUCUUACGGGACGCCCUUGGCGGCAACUCCAAGACGACAGUCGUCGCAACGAUCUCUGCGCACGAGCGCUGGCUGCCCGAGACGGUCUCCACAUUGCAGUUUGUGCAGCGCGUCAAGUACAUCAAGAACCACGCGGUUCAAUUCGAGGACGACGCGGCGCUGAUCGCGCGUCUCGAGAAGCAAGUGGCGGCGCUCACGGCGCGCCUCGACGACCGCGUCGACGAGCCAGAAAAGGACGUCGAGCCUCCGGCCGUCGUAGCCGCGUACGAAGAACAGAUCGCCGACCUUGAACGACAGCUCGCUGACGCGACCAAAGACAGUCGGUGGAUCGAAGAUCUGCACAAGCUCAAGCGCGAGGUGGCAGCGAAGGAAGCCAUCAUUACUGCCAAAGACAAGGAGAUCUAUGCCAUCAAAGACACGCUUGGCAAGAUCGUCCAGGACACGGAAAUCAUACUGGAGGAGCGCAAUGCACUACUGGUCCAGGCAGCAGCCUUUGAAGCACAGAAGCGAGCGAUGGACGCCGAGCUCGCCAAAGUCGCAAGAGCACUGAUGGAGGCCCAGGACGCGUUGGACGGCAGAGAGAAGGCGUCGUUCACGCUGCAGGAGAUCAUUGCCGACCUUCAGACGCAGCUCGAGCACAAGACCAAGCCACGCCGCAUGAGUCUCCGGCGCCUGUUUUCGACCAGAAAACCCGACAAACUUGCCAAUAUCAUUUAACAUUUAACGUUGGUCGAUGGUAUUCUGGUGCA